AUGCCGCUCUCGGAUAUCGAUGAACGCGACGAAUGGCCUCUCGCCACCCUAGAGCAAGAGGAACCAACCGUUCACACUGAUCUAUCCGACGCCAUGAGGGACUCGGACACCGACACUGACGAUCAGAUGGAUCGCAACGAACAGUUGCAGAGCGAGUUGAACCGACUGAAUCAACUUGCGGACACGGAACAAGCUCGAAUCACUGAACUCAAGAUUCAACAACUCGCCUACAACCGUACGCGCCGCCAGCUUCAUCGCGAAGACUGUCAGCGUUAUGAGAACACUUUCAUCGGCUCCACCAAACAACCAGAGGAGCUCAUCGCUCUCAUCCAGGCUUCCCUUCAAAGUCUCAAGAAGAAGGUCAAACACGAAGACAGGAAGCGAGUCUUCAACCUGGACGAGAAGUACGACCGACAGCUCGACAGUGAAUACUACACUGGCCCAGUCGACAGCGAUGACACUUCCGUCGAAACAUACCCACCAAAACCCAUGUUGCAAUCCAUCGGCGUAUCCGCUUAUGAAGCCAACGUUCACACGGUGUGUGGUCAACCAUGGGCUCCCCAAGCAGGCGAUCAUCCACAAGUCCAUCCAGGACAUCCUUCUCACAAAAAGAUCGCAUGGAUUCACUGCCUGUACAAUGCAUGCCCCUGGCACCUAUCGUACAAAAUGGAACGAGACCACUUUCCCCAACGAGUCUGGGAAAAUGAAGUACCUGUUCCCGUACGAGCCACGUACCACAAGGAUUCUAUCGACAUGUGGGACAUCGGUCGAUCCCGUGACCGCAAGGAGGGUGGCAAGCUCCUGAAGCUUCCCCUCAAGGACGGGUACAGCAGAGAAUGCAUGGAAUCUCCAUACUCACGGUAUCAAGAGUGCUACCGAGUCAACUGCGCAGUCCACAUGGCCGACAAGGCUCGCCAGUGGCACGCCCGGCAGGCACUCCGUGAAGAAAGGACACUCCAGUUCUCACAGAAAGGAAAGGAAACUGCAGUAGCAUCGUCUUCAGACUCCAACACGGUCUGCGGCAGCCCGACUAAGUCCGGUGCCCAGAGGAAACGCCGUGGUGGCCGAAGAAGACAGGGAAAUGGCGCCAGCUCCUCGCGAGAGGACCGCAAGUAG